AGCUCACUCUCAUUCUCGAACCCAAGCUCGCGUGCGUGUGCCGUGGUCCGACCCUUCUCGAGCUGCCUCCCCGACUUCUUUCUCUUACCCAAGCUUGAUCACCACGUCUAAUUCAACCCCAACAUGUCCAACAAGCAUCUCUUCUCCUCCCUGGAGGGGCUCGUCCCCAAAGCCCUCCGGGGUAUUGUCGCCAGCAACCCCCGCCUCAACCUCGACGAGACUAACAGGGUAGUGUUUGACUCAGCGACACCCCGCUCGAAGGUCAGCAUCAUCAGCGGAGGCGGUUCCGGCCACGAGCCAGCAUGGGCGGGCUACGUUGGCAGCAACAUGCUCGCUGCCGCCGUGCAAGGCGACGUGUUUGCGUCGCCGAGCACAAAGCAAAUCCUGGCUGCCGUCAAUGCCGUCCCCUCAGACAAGGGUACGCUGCUGGUCAUCACCAACUACACCGGCGAUUGCCUCCACUUUGGUCUCGCUGCCGAGAAGACGAAGGCCAAAGGGCGGGCAUGUCGCAUGCUGAUCUGCGGUGAUGAUGUCUCGAUCGGGAAGAAGAGCGGGUCGUUGGUUGGACGCCGUGGCCUGGCCGGACAAAUCGGGGUUCUCAAGAUACUCGGUGCUGCGGCCGCGGAGGGUGGGUCACUAGACGAGCUCUACGACCUCGGCGCGGCCAUCAAUGGCCAGAUCGUCAGCAUCGCCGCCACUCUCGACCACUGCCACGUCCCAGGCCGCACCGAACACGGAGCCCUCAACGAAGACGAAGUCGAAAUUGGCACCGGGCCCCAUAACGAGCCGGGAUAUAAAAAGCUUUCCCCGGCGCCCACAGCGGAGGGGUUGGUAAAGCAGAUCCUGACGUACUGCCUGGAUGAGACGGACCCCGAGAGGGGCUACGUCCACUUCAAGCCCGGGGACGAGACAGCGCUGCUGGUCAGCAACUUUGGCGGCAUGUCGAAUCUCGAACUUGGCGGCCUCGUCGACGAGCUUCUGCAGCAGCUGUUGGCCGACUGGAACAUUGCACCCGUCCGAGUUUAUGCGGGGUGCUUGGAGACGUCGCUCAACGCGCCCGCCUUCUCGGUUUCGGUUAUGAAUCUUUCAGGCAUUGCCGCGAACAGCGCCUAUUCCCUCGACCAGAUCAAGGCGUUCCUUGACCUCAAGACCGAUACCGCGUGGGAAGCGGUUGCCGGUUGUCAGAAUACUUCGCAACGGCGUCCACGCACAGAGCAACUCGUCCAGCCGCCAGCUGAGAUCAAGAAGAAGGUGGACGGCUCCAGGGAUCUCACACUUGAUCCAGCGCUGUUGGAGAGAAUGCUGCGUAGUGCAUGCGAUGCGCUGAUCACAGCAGAGCCGGACUUGACGAGAUGGGACACGGUCAUGGGGGACGGAGAUUGCGGUCUCACGCUCAAGACUGGCGCAACGGCUCUUCUAGACGCUAUUGACUCAAAGAAGAUCGCAUCCCGAGGGUCCGCGGUCGAGGUGCUCACCGAGCUGGAGGACAUUGUUGAAAGCAAGAUGGGCGGCACGCUGGGCGGAAUCCUGGGCAUUUUCUUUGUGUCCCUGCGGACAGCCGUCGAAGAGAACAGUGCCCUGGCUCAGGCUGAAGGAGCGGUAUCGGUGUGGUCCAAGGCGUUGUCAAGCGCGCUGCAACACCUGAAGCAGUACACGCCCGCGAAAGUCGGCGACCGCACCGUCAUGGACACGCUGAUACCGUUUGCCGAAGCCAUGGCAGCAACGAAGAGCUUCGAGGACGGUGUUGCGGCUGCGGUGAAGGGGUCAGAAGCGACCAAAACGAUGAAGCCGAGACUGGGAAGAGCCACCUACGUCGGUGCCGGUGCUGAAGGGAAGGAACUCCCACCGGAUCCUGGCGCCUGGGGUGCCAUGGUUGCCAUUCGGGGAUUGAGGACAGCAAUGUAAUCAACUCGGCCAUGCAUUUUGCUGCAUUGGCGCGCGAUGAUUUAGAUAAUCUGAAUCGUAAUUUCCCGAUUUAGUGAAGUUUUGGUUCAUGAUGUCGUGUUGGAAGUUGAAAGCUUGAAAAUCGGAACAAGUUCAAACUCCAAUCUGUUUCUCUG